UUUGUUGACAAGUAAAUGAAUAUUUUUCGUUGAUGAUUUGGAUGAAUACGGAUUCAGUGCAUAUACAAACUAAGCUUGUUUAUCGUUAAUGGAAAUUUAGCAAUUAAAAUUAACACUGCAAAGUGAUAUGCUCAAUUCGGAUCACCAAAUUAAUAGGCAAUCAACAAAGAAGUUGAAAUUGAAGCUGAAGCAAAUAUCCAGUCUAGUUAAAGCAUUGGAGAUAAAUUAUAUCGAUUCUCAGCGUAACGAUAGGCUGCUUUUAAUGGCUGUUAGGUUGGAAGCUACCAAAAACAAUUCCCUACAAAAACAGCUUUCUGAAGCUUUACGAGAAAAUACUGAAAUUAUGGACAUGGUUCAAUUGAGAAGUGAAGAUGGUGACGUGUCUCGAGCUUGUUCAAAAAUCAAUUUAGGUUCGAGCAUUUCAACCGUAAGUUUGGUCCAUUUGCAGUACAAAUAUGAAGAACUAUUUGCCAGUCACAGAGGACUGUUAAAAGUGUUAGAGCUGAGGAGUAAUGAAGUAAAAAAACAUUUACAGGAGAACUGCAGCCUGAAGGAAAAGAUUGAGCAACUUAUUGCUGAUCUACAAGUAGCUCAAGAGAAAGUGGAAUUUCUACAACAAAAAAUCUCCUACAUUAAGAAAAGAAAAUGCGAAAAAAUCACGAGGUUGAGAAACGAAAGGCAAACCUUAGCUCUAGUCCAUCGGAGAUUAGUAGCUUUACUCCAUAGACAAUGCAUGGAGAAAAAUGAGUUUAUUGAGUCUUUGCUAAGGACAACAACACGCAGUGAAAAAGCGUUGCUUUUGCAGGAAAUACGAAAGAAUAACAUUUUAAAUUACGAAAACUUUCAGCUGCAGCAGGAAUUGGAUUAUUUGAAAUCCCUUUUGAAGAUUACGAGAACAACUUCAAAAGAAGUGCUUCAAAGUGACUCUGGAUCUCUUAGAUCUACGCAAUAACCUACACGAAUUUAGUUGCAAGACAAAAACGAAUAUAUUUACUUUACGUCUU